AUGACGUCUGCCCAACCGGAAUCGGUCAUUGAGCUCCGCCAUUUGUCUGGAGCUCGCGCGGAGAUCAAUGUAUACGGAGCCACUGUCACCUCUUUCUACGCGGCAACCGAACCCGAUCGGAACGUGCUCUUCGUGUCGAAACUCGCGCGACUCGAUGGCAGUAAACCUAUUCGGGGCGGUAUUCCCCCUCGUGUUCCCCGUGUUCGGCGCGGCCGAUGGGAUGCCGAAUCACGGCUUUGCCCUUCGGACGAGACAAAAAAGAUGUACCCCUACGAUGUCACGCUCGUGUACAAAGUGCAGCUCUUGGCCACUGAGCUCGUCACGGCGCUAUCAGUGCAGAACAGGUCGGCGCACGAGAUUGCGUUCCACGCGCUCUUGCACACGUACUUAGCGGUCGACGACGUGCGCUGUGGACGCGUGAGGGUCGAGCGACUCGGUGGCGUUCGAUAUUUCGACAAGGUCCGACCUGCUGACGAUGGAAACAAAGUGGAGCAGACCGACGCGCUGACCAUUGAUCAGGAAACCGACCGGAUCUAUGCUGACGCACCAUCGUCGAUUGUUGUCCGGAUGCAACGAGGGGGCGACACGAGCCAACAAGUCGUUACGAUUGACAAGAUGGCGUGUCUCAGCAAGUCGUCAACGCCAACCGACGCGGUGGCUCAGAAGUCGGACGUGGUGGUGUGGAACCCGUGGGUGGACAAGGCCAAGAGCAUGAGCGACUUUGGCGAUGACGAGUACGUGACGAUGCUCUGCGUCGAGCCUGGCCGCGUGAGCGAGCAGCAACCGCUCGCAGCUGGGUACACGUACACGCUACAGCAAAAGAUUCGACUUUCGGCCUUGUAG